GGUUGCGGGUGCGGGAGGAAGAGGCUGGGGCGCCGGCUCCACCGGGGUAGCGCGGAGGACGGACGGACGGACGGACGGACGGACGGACAGACAGACCUCGGGCCGCAAUCAUCCACUCUCCAGAGCUCCGUCUGCAAACUGCGCUGUUGAGUUUUCGCGGGCACACCAAGGGGCGAGGAGGGGUGGUCGUGGUGGAGGUUUGUUCUACUAGGGUGUGUGUGUGUGGGGGGGGGUGGUCGUCGGACCGUCCAUCAGGGUCAUCUCGGGGGCUCCGAAACUGCUGAGGAAUUAGGCAAACAAAAGAGGCCACCGAGAGAGUGGCCAGAAGUCCCCUGAGCGCCCCGUCGCGCACCCUUGCGUUCUUCGGGGGAGAGGGGGGACUGGCCACUUGCGGGGCGGGGAAGAGGACAUCUCCCCCCCCCCCCCAGCCGGUAGGGCCCAGGGGUUCAACCGCCAGGUUCGUGGAGUUUAAAGUUAUCGGCCUGUUGUGCAAGCUCUGGCCCUUGUUUUUCCCCACUGGCCUGGCUCGUUGGGAGGCCGGACACAUCCACCCUUGGAAUCGAUUCAGGGCGCUGCUGCUUUUCUCUUUGCCCUUCUCUUGGAUUUUCUGGAUUCUUGAAAACGCAGUGACCCAGGAGGAGAGGAGGAAGGGGCAGAGCUGCAAAGGAAUGUGAGAGCCUCCCCAAACCAGAGCACCCUGAAGGAGCUACGAGCCAGAGAGACGACGGUAGAAGCCCUGGCCGGGUCUCCGGGACAGUGGUUUCCGGGUGAUUCGCUUCUAUUUUAGAACAUUGUUCCAGUAGAACCAGUAGAAAGUGUGAAAGAAAGUUCUUGGUCUAACCGAGCUGGUUUCUCCAGAUCACUUGGAUUAUUUCUGCUGGGAGUGGGAGGAGAAAAAGACUACCCCCCCCCCCCCAAAGGACUACCUAGAUUAAACUAAAGAAGAUUGUGGACAUGAGCGACUACUCCCUGCUGACAGGCAGAUGCCCCAAGGGGCCAUGGACAUUGCUUUGAAGGGAGGGAGGUUGGACAGCAUCUGUGGGUGCAAGGACCCUGCCUGCCUCAAGGGCUGACCUUGAGCUGUUUAUAGGCAUCAAGUUAGGAGGACAUUCUUGGAUAUCCUGGUGAGAGAGCAUCGUGGAUCUGGGCAGGACCCUCUCCUUUCCACCUCUACCUACCACGCAGCCUAGCCAUGGCCCUGAAAGGCCGAGCCCUCUAUGACUUCCACAGCGAGAACAAGGAAGAAAUCAGCAUCCAGCAGGACGAGGACCUGGUUGUCUUUAGCGAGACCUCACUGGAUGGAUGGCUGCAGGGGCAGAACAGCCGUGGGGAGACCGGGCUCUUCCCUGCUUCAUACGUGGAGAUCGUCCGUCCUGGCAUCAGUGCCAACCAUACCGACUACUCUAGCAGCCUCGCAGGCUCCCUGGGUACCCAGAUGAGCUUGUAUAAUAGCCCUAGUGUGUCUAAUCCGGCCUGGAGCGGUGGGGGCAGUGGCUUCCUCUCAAACCAAGGCAGCUUUGAGGAUGAUGAUGAUGAUGAUUGGGACGACUGGGAUGACGGAUGCACGGUGGUGGAGGAACCACGGGCUGGUGGGUUGGGCACCAACGGGCACCCCCCACUCAACCUUUCUUACCCGGGUGCCUACCCUAGCCAGCAUAUGGCCUUCAGGCCCAAGCCACCCCUGGAGCGGCAGGACAGCCUGGCGUCUGCUAAGAGAGGCAGCGUGGUGGGACGCAACCUCAACCGCUUCUCAUGCUUUGUGCGCUCUGGAGUGGAGGCCUUCAUCCUCGGUGACGUCCCCAUGAUGGCCAAGAUUGCCGAGACGUACUCCAUUGAAAUGGGUCCCCGCGGCCCCCAGUGGAAGGCCAACCCCCACCCGUUCUCCUGCUCUGUGGAGGACCCUACCAAGCAGACCAAGUUCAAAGGUAUCAAAAGUUACAUCUCCUACAAGCUCACACCUACCCACGCCGCCUCGCCUGUUUACCGUCGCUACAAGCACUUUGAUUGGCUCUACAACCGACUUCUACACAAGUUCACUGUCAUCUCGGUGCCCCACCUGCCCGAGAAACAGGCCACUGGUCGCUUCGAGGAGGACUUCAUUGAGAAGCGCAAGCGACGGCUCAUCCUCUGGAUGGACCACAUGACCAGCCACCCGGUGCUGUCCCAGUAUGAAGGCUUUCAGCAUUUCCUCAGCUGCCUGGAUGACAAGCAAUGGAAGAUGGGCAAACGCAGGGCAGAGAAAGACGAGAUGGUGGGUGCCAGCUUCCUGCUCACCUUCCAGAUCCCCACGGAACACCAGGACCUGCAGGAUGUAGAAGACCGUGUGGACACCUUUAAGGCCUUCAGCAAAAAGAUGGACGACAGCGUCCUGCAGCUCAGCACCGUGGCAUCGGAACUGGUGCGGAAGCACGUUGGGGGCUUCCGCAAAGAAUUCCAGAAGCUGGGCAGUGCCUUCCAGGCCAUCAGCCAUGCCUUCCAGAUGGAUCCCCCCUUUAGCUCCGAGGCCCUCAACAAUGCCAUUUCUCACACGGGCCGGACCUAUGAAGCCGUCGGAGAGAUGUUUGCUGAGCAGCCCAAGAACGACCUCUUCCAGAUGCUCGACACGCUCUCUCUCUACCAGGGCCUGCUCUCCAACUUCCCUGACAUCAUCCACCUGCAGAAAGGCGCCUUUGCCAAGGUGAAAGAGAGUCAGCGCAUGAGCGACGAGGGCCGCAUGGCCCAGGACGAGGCGGACGGUAUUCGCAGGCGCUGCCGCGUGGUGGGCUUUGCCCUGCAGGCGGAGAUGAACCACUUCCACCAGCGCCGCGAGCUCGACUUUAAGCACAUGAUGCAGAGCUACCUGCGCCAGCAGAUCCUCUUCUACCAGCGAGUGGGCCAGCAGCUGGAGAAGACGCUGCGCAUGUAUGACCACCUCUGACUGCGUCGCCGGGGCCCCUGCCCAUCUCAGGCCCGGUCACCGCAGUCCGUGUCCCCCACUUCAGGCCUCCCUGCACGAGCAGCGGCUGAGGGGCUUGGAGGUGGGAGAGGUGUGUAGCCUGUUCCUCCUCCUUGUGGGAGAGAAGGAGUUCUGUGGUGUCAACAGUAACUCUGAGGAAGUCCCCUGAGUUUAGAAAUGAGUGAGAAUGGAGAUGGGUGUUUUCUAGGCCAACACCUGGGCUGCUGGUCAGUCCUUAAAGGCCAGGCCUCCCCUGGAGCCUAUCCUGCAUGGUCGCCUGACCACCACAUUAUGAGAAGGGACACAGCAGGUAGUGGACUCCAUAGAUUGCUGUGGCCCUGGGUUAGGCUGGGACAUGUCUGCCCUCCAAGAGUCACCGCCCUGCUGGGCUUGGUGGCACACACCUUUAAUCCCAGCAGAGGUAGGAGAAUCGCUGUGAGUCCGAGGCCGCCCUGAGACUAAUUCCAGGUCAGCCUGGACUAGAGUGAAACCCUACCUCGAAAAACCAAAAAGAAAAAGGAAAAAAAAAAAAAAAGUCACCACCCAUAAUGGGGGUUCAACAAUGCAGAGUGACAGUUGAUUAAGUAAGGGAUCCUUAGACAUUCACAGAAGGGACCACAGUACUCUGCUGGUCAGGGGAUACUCCGUGGAGUAGGUGCCAUUCUAGCAGCAUCUUGAAGAAUGACAAGGACCUGCCAGACAGUAAGUGGGGUGAAGGACAUUGUCGGGGGGUGGGGGAGAAGACCAACAUGGACUUUCUCUCCCUUAACUCCACCCCACACCCCCCAGCAAGUCUGGUGUUCUGUCCAUGGGGAUUCAGGCCUGUGUGACAGAGGGAAGGGACCAUCUUCGCUCUGGGUCCCCGGUUUCCCUGCCCCACCCACAUUCACCUGCAGAGGGAGUGCAGGCCACCUCCCUUCUGUAGGCCGCGGACUGUCUCCAUUGCUGAACCCCUGCUUUCCCUUGAUUGACGGACCGUGAAGCACUCUUCCUUCUUUGGACCAAGGUGCUGAGAUAAGCCACGAACACAGGGCCCUGUGGCACUUUCCUGGAGGGAACUUCCACAAGAUACCAGCAGUAACUCCCCAUUCUCCAGGCAAGGCCAGGUCCCAGGCUCCCAGGGCCCCUGGCCUCUGUGACCUUAAGUUCGGGAAUCCUUGCUGUUGCUUAGUGGGAACUGAGGGGAGGAGGCUAGGGACUCCAGGCCCCCUGCCCUUGGCUAGCCUCACUGUGCUGUUGCCCACCUAUGUUUACACCCUCCAGGGUCCAGGAUGUGGCCCAGCUAGGGGUUGAGGGGGGCUGAUCCUGCUCACCUUGUCUUCCUGGGAAGUUAUGGCCUGCACCUGGUUACUGCUGCUUGAUUCUUCUCUCUCUCUCUCUCUCUCUUGUUUUUCUCUUGAUAAACCUUUUUUUUUUUUUACAAUUAACAGAACAAAUGCUUGGCCUUUUCUGUUUGGAAUGGUGAGAUGUGGGAAGGGGUAGAACCCGAAUUGCUUCAGGACCCACUGGGCUACAUUCGGUGGUCUUGGGGGGCAUAAAAUUUACGAUAAGAUCUCAAAAGUUUGAGGAAGGGCUAUGCUGGUUGGUGGUGGUAGAGGUGAUCCCAGGCAAUCACCUUAACCACUGAGCCAUCUGUCCAGCCAGUAGUCGAGGGGACCCCAGACCCUUAGCUAUGCACUACCUCCCCAGACCUGACCCUCCUCAUCUCUAAACUGUCUACUGAGGAUUAGAGGAGAACGGCCUAGGAGGCUGUGUGUCCAGCAUAGUCCCAGUAAUGCCUCUCUCAGAGAGCACUCGGCCUUGUCCCUGGAAAGCUCCAGUCCAGGCCGGGAGAGGGGGCGACUCAGUCCUAGGUACCCAGCCCAGGGUGUGGUAAUGCUCAUGUCCCCGUAGCGGCAUCCUUGGUCUUGCCCUGGUCAAAGUGAACAGGAAUCCAUCUUCCAUCGGGUCGAGGAGAGCAUGCGGAAUCUUGCUUCUUUCAGAGGCA